AUGAGUUGCCGCAUGUUCACGGACCCAAUCUCUGCUGUUGAUCCCAAGGUCGUUGAUCUUGAGAACAAAAGUGUCGCAAACUUCCUCGCGGACCAAAAGGCCGGGAAAGCCCGUCCAUCUGAUGCCACGGGUGUUGCACUUGCCUAUCGUCCUGGUUAUGGAACCUUGGGACGCCCUCUGAAUUACCGGGCAAAUAUGUUUGCGAUGGACUUGAGGCCUGGCAUGGUUCUGCAUUCAUACCGGCUGAAGUUCAGUCCAACGGAUGUCACUAGAAGCCAGCAGACGUUCAUCAUCAAACACAUGCUUCGUCUGUACGCUCCUUUUGUACAGAAAGGUGUCCAGAUUGCUACGGAUGGCGCAACCGAAGUGGUGACUCUGGAGCCUCUGCCAGAAAACCGAGGGGUUCAUCGUGUCUCUAUGUCAACCGGAAAGGGAGCUGACAAAAGUGGACAACGUUCUCAACGCACCCAAGAAGCUCAAUCUGAGCGUCGAGGUUCCAGUGGGCCUUGGGUUGUCACCGUGGAAUACAAAGAGUCGCAGCCCGUUCAAAGUGUCCUUGAUAACAUUCGUGAUCCCAAUUUCCGAAAGGUUGUUCCCAACAGGGAUACCUCAGAUAUUGAGGGCACCCAUGUGACACGUGCUGAGACAAAUGUCGUGCGAAUGCUCAACAUCUUGAUGAGUGCCUACCCAAACAGGACCCCCGGGACCUACAUUGUUGGGAAGGGGCGCAACAAAGUCUUCCGGCUGGAUGAUGACAAGCAGAGCAUGUAUCUAGGGGGUGGCAUUGAGGCUGUCCGUGGCUACUACUCGAGUGUUCGGCUGGCAGCAGGGCAUGUCAUGCUCAACUUGAACAUUAGUCACAGUGCAAUGUUCCGUCCUGGGUCACUCAUCAGGAUGAUUGACGAGUUUGUCAAGGUGCAUGGCGAGAACCGUGAGCUUCUAAACAGCUGGCUCUCCCGUUUGAAAGUGUAUGCUAUUCAUCUUCCAAAGAGGGAGAAUGGCGAUGGGGAGAUGGAAUUUCCCAUCAAGCACAUAAUCGGCUGUGCCAGACCUGGAGAUGGAGCCAAGGACGAGCCUCGCCCCAAAGUUAAAGAUUUGGCAUCCUGUGCAAACAACGUGCAGUUUGGGAUCCGAAAGGAUAAUGGCACCAGCGAAUACAUUACGGUGACUGAGUAUUACCGUCGCGCCCACAACCGGCAGCUCAAAUAUGCUGGCACUCAUCCCAUCGUCAAUGUUGGAAGCAGAGACCACGCCAGUUACCUUCCAGCGGAACUCUGCGAGAUUGUUCCGGGCCAGAUUUUCGGAGGAACUCAGUCUGGAGGCAUGUCUUCCAAUAUGAUCAAGUUCAGCUGUCGGCGUCCUCCCCAAAACUACGACUCCAUCAUGAAAGAUGGCAUGGAUAUCUUGGGGAUUGAACAGGAGACCAUGGCAGUCGGCAUCAGGCCUCGCAAGCAGAUGUCAAUUGUGCCCGCGCGCAUCUUGGAUCCUCCAAACCUCAUUUACAAAAAGAAAGUCACCAAGCCUCGUGCGGGCUCGUGGAACCUGGCAGAUACAAAGUUCAGCGAGGGUGCACGGAUUCAAAGCUGGACGUGCCUCACCGUUCGCAAGCAAGGAAGACCUUCUGCGAGCGUCGACCAGGAGAUGAACAUACUGUACAAGAAGCUGCGAGGUCACGGACUCACUCUCCCGCCUCCUGAGAGACCAUUCAUCACUGUUGACCUGACGUUUGAUCUUUGCAAGAAUCGCGAUACACUCGAGGCCGCCUUGAAGAAAACAAGCAAAUUCGAACUGUUGAUUGUUAUCCUGCCAGAUACAGAGGCUGCUACUUUUGAUUGGAUCAAGCUGAUCGGUGAUAUCAGGGUUGGGAUCUUGACUCACUGCAUGAUCCUUGAGAAAUUCAAGAAGCAACAAGGCCAGGAUCAAUACAUCAGUAACAACGCCAUGAAAAUCAACCUCAAGAUGGGCGGUUCCAACCAGGCCUUGGAACCAAACAAUCUCAAGUUUAUUUCGCAGGGAAAGACCAUGGUCGUUGGCUUGGAUGUUACUCAUCCAGCUGCCGGAGAAAGCUGGAUGCCUAGUAUCGCCGGUAUCGUGGCUUCUGUUGACGGUCAAAUGGGACAGUGGCCCGGUGAGGUUCGACCACAGGCGAGCCGCAGUGAGGAGAUUGUCUGUCUUGAAACCUUGUUGCUGGCACGGCUAGAUCUCUGGAUCAAACACAACAAGGAACCUCCAGCCAACAUCCUCAUUUACCGUGAUGGUGUGAGCGAGGGCCAAUUCAUGAUGGUGCUCAAGGAGGAGCUUCCCCGGGUUCGCCAGGCUGCUGCGAAACUCUGCCAAUACCGUGCUGAGUACAAGAAAUUCGAGUACUACGAUCCCAAGGUCACUGUCAUCAUCUCCGGGAAACGCCACCAUGUCCGCUUCUAUCCAACCAAGGCAGCGGAUGCUGAUCGAACCAAUAACCCAAUCAAUGGAGCUAUUGUUGACCGUGUUGUCACUCGCCCCAUGUAUUGGGAGUUUUAUCUGCAGGCUCAAUCUCCCCUGCAGGGAUCUGCUCGUCCGGCCCAUUACAUUGUUGUCCACGAUGAAAUCUUUACCGACCCCAAGAUCAGUUCUGGGAAGCCUGCGGAUGUGGUUCAAGCAGUAACCCAUAAUAUCUGCUACAUGAUGGGCCGUGCCACGCGCUCCAUCAGCUAUGCCACUCCUGCCUUCUUGGCGGAUCGAUACUGUGACCGGGCUCGUAAGUACGUGGCUGCGCAAAACGCCGUGGACAAGUCCGAACCCGGCAAGCACAAGCGGGACAAGGCCAAUGAGGCAAUGCCCAUGGCUGUCAACUCCCACUUUUCUCACAGCAUGGUUUACAUCUAG